AAACUUUCAUUAAUAGAUUAAUUUAUUUGUUAUGACACAGUUUGAAUGUAAAACUUAUUUUUAGUUGAGUUACAAUUUAUUGUUGAUUCAAAGAGAAGAAAGGAUAUUUGAAACUCAAGUCAACAGCACCAAUCGAGCAAUUAAAUAUUUCAAUUGUGUACAUACAUGCAAAACAAGAUGCCAACCCCCGUAGUCAGGGGAUUAUCUGUGUUAGUGAGGCGGGAUGAUAAGUGUGAUACUCGCUGGUGCUUCUAGUGUGGUGUCGCCUCUAAGCGCAAGACUCUGAACUGGUGCGCAUUGAAGAUAAAAGUGUAAUGUGUAAUGUAAGGCCUUUGAGUGCUUUCAAGAAUCUGUACAGGUUUUUUAUGCCUAAAAAUUAUUCUGAAAAAAAACAUGCUUUACCCAUUUAGAGUCUUUUAAAAAGAAAGUUUGAAAACAAAAUACAGAAACAAGUACUUAAUUUGUCCCCAGCUUAUUCAUAUCUGCUUUUUGUAAACAGACAGCAAGCAUUCUGAUAUAUUUAGCAUUUUCAAAUUGCGUGGUUUUUUUCUGAAACACUGCACACUGUAUGUCUGCCCAGGUUUGUGAGGUCCAUAAUAGGUUAUAAGACACAGUGUUACCCAUGAACCAAUUCACAAGGCAGUCAGAUUUUACCACCAGAAAUGGUGUUAGCAAGAUUUUGGUUGCAUUCAUUAUUUCUUACUACAUGGUACAAGAACUUAAGAUUUAGCUGUGUAAUGACCUAGAAAAUCAUUAGCCCACAAAAAAAACAACGAAAAAAUAGAAAAUAACAUUAUUAAAUAUUCCCUUGUGUCUGUAGGGAUGUGUAUCAAGUGGAUAAGGAUUGCUUUGUUCAGAACUAACCAAAAAAAAAAUUUUAAGCCUCCAUAACUUAAUUUUUUUUUUUCUAAUUUUUUGCCAGUGGUAACUUUGAAUUGGGGGAGUACUAUAAACAUUGAGUUGGAUAUAGAUUUUAAAAAUUCUAAUUUGUGCUUUGCAUUUUGUCCAAUUAGCAUAUUGUUAGAAACUAGCCAGAAUAGGUCUGAAGUGAUUUCAGGAAAUUAUUGAAAAGCGAACUGGGAUUUGAACCUGGGUCUUCGGGACUGAAAGUCCAGCAGGGGGUCAACAUUCUGGAAGUUCAGGGAAAACACAGGGAAGUUGGAAUUGGUCAGGGAAAAUUAGGGAUUUUUACUUUAAAUCCUGAAAAAAUUAUGGAAAUUCCCCAGUGAUAGUAAUUUCUGAGGAAACAAAUGUCAUGUUCCAGUCUGACAUCACCCAAACUGUGAAAUCAUUUUUUCUUCAGAUGGUUUUUUUAGUGCAUAGUCAUACACAUUGUAAAAUGGUGUCUCUGAGGUUCUGUUUGAAAUUAAGAAGUAGAGAGAGAACUGGGUCCAGUGGUGGACACAGGGAGUGUGAAGUUAUGAAGAAAUUUGCAAAAUAUCAGUGAAGACAGUAUGAUACUGUGUGAGAAGCCAAAAUCGCCUACAGCUAUUACUAUAGGCCAACAUUUAUGUGUGUUAGUGUCAAUAGUAAUGUAAGUUUUUUGAAUACACAUUUUCAAAUGUUAUUUUUUUUUCUAUUUUUUUUAUUAUCUCACCCCUUUUAACCCACCUCCCCCAAAGGAAUAAAAUUCCUGUAUCUGCAGUGGGGAUGAUGGAGGCAGGACUUUCUGUAUUUCUUUGAGAAAAUUGAAACACACAAAAUUUUUUAAACAUUAGUUGGGGAAAUUUGAAAUUUUGGCCAGGAGAAAGUCAUUGGUAUUUUAUAUGAUUAUUGUGGCCACCCUGAUCAGUGUCUCACCACCUUGCUUCAAGUUGCGUGGGUAAACAAUAAAUGGCGGCGGCAGUGGCAUUGCAGAUAUUGAAAUGUGAGCUCAGAACUCGGAUUUAUCAUAAACUAGCAGGAGUUUAUUAACACUGUUUUCAGGGUAAAUACAGGAACGUCUCUAGUGUUGGAAAAUGGUAUUUUCAUAAUUUUAUUUUUACUUUGCGGAAAAGCCGUGACCUAAGACAUUAACGAAAUACCCUUUCUGUGGUUGUUCCAGUUAGAUGUGCAGAUAAGCAGGACUUCAGUUCAUUGAUGUUACAACUUUUCUGGUUCAAAAUGAGUGGCCGAAAGCGGGAUGUUGUAUGGCUUUCAUUUGAACAUGCUUAGAACCUAUAUAAUUAAUGUAAUAACUUUUUUUUUUCCAACGCUGGUUUUGGAAGGUGUUUGUAGAUGUAGACACCCUGACUACAGCUGGUCAGUGAUCCAGCUCGUCCAUCCGCCAUCCGACUGUCCGUCAACAUGCCGAGCAAUUCACUAUGUUCUGCAUGUCCGUCAUGAUAUUUUUCUACAUGGAUGCUGCCCACUGACAAGAAGACUUAAAUUUUUGAGAAAAUUUCUUUUUCUAAGGUUUAUUAGUUGGACGACCACGUAUGCUAAGGAGUCGGGUUCGAAUCCCUGUCCUUUCAUCCUAAUCUUGGUUUUCCGAAACCACUCCAGGCAAAUGAUUGAAUAGAUCCUCACGGCUAUUUUCCUACCCAAUCUCAAGUGUUUGUCUCUAUUGACAAGAUGUUAAAUUAAGUAAAAAAAAAUGUUUCCCCCCCCCCCCCCUCCCCUUCUAUGUUUUGAGCAGAGAGAGCACCAUACACCUUGCACACGCUGAAUGUUCAUUCUAAAACUAAGUAAAUUAAAAAUCUAUUUUAUAAUGAGUGUCAAAAAUUAUGAAACCUUCAUGUUUAUUACUGUAGAUGCCCAACAACAGUUGAGGUACUUUAGAGAUGGGCACACCAUAAAGAUAACAAACAAGUGCAUAUACAUAUAGACAGCACAAGUACACUACAAGCAGGUGGACACUGCAAACAGGGAACGCACCGCUUGCAGGCGUGGACAGGAUGAUGGGAGUGCAGUCUUUCUUGGACAAAUUCUGGAGCCCCGCGGUGUGGCUCCCUCCGAACGUCACCUGGGAGGACCUGGAGCCCACCGCGGACCGGCCCUACGCCGACUACAGGCACCUCGUGUUUCCUCUGCCGAUGGCAGUCGCGAUGUGGCUGCUGAGGUGUCUGCUGGAGAAACACGUCUUCUCCCACAUCGGGACACGCCUGGGGAUAAGGCGCCAGAACAGCAGAGUGCCAGAGCCAAACGCUGCCUUGGAGAAAGUGUACUCCGUGACGAAAAGGCCCAGCAGCAAGGAAAUGAACGGACUGUGCAAACAGCUCGAUAUGACGGAAAGAAAGAUAGAUAGGUGGUUCCGUCUACGUAACGCACAGGAUCGACCGUCCACCCUGGUGAAGUUCUGUGAGAGUGCGUGGCGCUGCCUCUACUACUCCUCGUCGUUCCUGUUCGGACUGUGCUGUCUGUGGGACAAGCCUUGGCUGGCGGACAUCGACGACUGCUGGCGGGACUACCCCUUCCAGCCGGUGACCGGGGACUGCUGGUGGUACUACAUGGUCUCCCUGGCGUUCUACUGGUCGCUCACCAUAUCGCAGUUCACCGACGUGCACCGCAAGGACUUCUGGCAGAUGUUCGUGCACCACCUCACCACCAUCAGCCUGCUGUCCCUGUCGUGGGUGUGCAACGCGCACCGCAUCGGCACGCUGGUCCUGCUCGUGCACGACUGCGCAGACAUCCUGCUUGAGCUGACCAAGAUGGCCAAGUACGCCGGCCGCCAGCUGGCCUGCAACCUCCUGUUCGUGCUGUUCGCGCUGCUGUGGGUCGCCACCCGCGUCGGCGUCUACCCCUUCUGGAUCCUGCACAGCACCACCAUCGGCGCGGAGGAGUUCGUGCACAUGUUCCCCGCCUACUACAUCUUCAACUCCCUGCUGUUCGUGCUGCUCUUCCUGCACGUCAUAUGGACGUGCAUCAUCCUGAAGCUGGCGUGCAAGUUCGCGUUUGCGGGUCAGGUGGAGCGGGACCUGCGCAGCUCCAGCGAGGGCACGGGGGAGGAGGAGGAUUUCAACUCCGAAAACUGCACCAAAAAUAGUUCCUAGGCAUUUCGCACACACUUAGCAUUUUAUCUUAAAAGCUACAGAAUCGCUUAUUUAAGGCUUGUUUGUGAGAGUGAAUGAUGGUUUUUAUUUCCAGACAUUGUUGCUGCAUUUGUAUAUUUGAAUGGUGAUUAAUGGUUCUGGAAUUUCACUAGUGUCUCAACUUUGAAAUAAUUUUUUUUCUUUAGUUUGACUAUUUUUUCUUUUCAUUUUUUUAAAAUGCAUUGACUCCAAUAUGUUCAUAAAUAACUCCUCAACUAUUUACAUUAUAUUUUGUACAAAAUUUUGACCAUUCUGCUCUUAAAUAGUUAUUUUAAAUAUCUUACUUCAUCAUUUUUUUUGGUAUUUUGGCAAAUCUGCUCCCAGUCCCCAGUAAAUUUCAGCUUUUAAAGAUGCUUUUUGUGCAAUUGGUCUUGUCAUGGUUGAUUUCAGAAUCAAUAAUCACAUUUUAAAGUUUACUUAAGUCCUGAAAGACUGAUUACGUGUAUGUUUCUUUCUCAGGUAAAAGUGCUUGUAGUUUCUUAAGUCUGAUUGUAGUCAUGUCGGUCUAUUUGCAUGAAUUUUGAAUAUUGUGCGUUAGGCAGUUUAGUAGCGUUGUUAUUAGUUUCAGUGUUCUGUACCCCAAUGGCCCACGAGCCGGCUGUCACUAGCCUCCUGCUGCGCCUGGGGAUGUUUCUUAUCGGAAGGGAAUUCUCACGCGGGUGUAGAGGCGACCACUGCCGUGGUGUGGAGGGUUUCUCCUCGGGGCUUUCCCGUGCCCUCCCACUUUCCCUCAGCCACUGCCCCGCUCGCCCGUUCGCGCAGGCUGGCUAUAGCCUCGUCUGGCAAACUGUGUUUCAUUCCAUCACACCAAAUUUUGACACUUCAAGGAGCAAAGUAAAGCAUCCACUGUGCGACAUUCGACCAACAACCUUUUGGUGGUAGCGCCAUUGCGUGCCCGGGUGUUUGCCUCCUCCAGAAUCAUUUCGGCAUGAGAAUAAACAAAUAACCCUCCCCGGGGGUGCUUGAUAUAUUUUACUUUGCUUGUAAAAUGAUUUUAACCAAAAGAUUGUGCUUGUGGCCUGCUGUGGUUUCAGAUAGUUAAAAAUUUUGAUGCUUAUCUUCCAUUGAAUACUGAAAUGUUGAUUUGAUCCACAUUAUAAAACUACUAAGAAAUAUGGAUAACAUCGUGUUGUUGGUUAAAUAAUGUGUCAAAAUCAUAUUGUGUUUAUUUUCUGAAGUAUUGCAUAAUUUAUUAAUUAAAACUGUAAGACUUCAUUCCAUUCCUUUUUUAAUAAGUACCUGCUGUUUUGGAAUAAUUUCGACCAGUAGCUGCUAGUCUGUUGUCAGAUGAAUGGAACAGCCCUUUGGUUGAGUGCUUGUGCUCCUGCAACCUGGGAAUAUACUUUCAAAGUGAAAAGUAUUUUUUUUUUUUUUAAAUUGUGGAGUAUGAAUGAUUUUUUUUGAUAACAACUACAAAAUACUUAAAACAAGAAGUAUUUGCAAAACAAAAUAUAAAAAUGUGUGGAAAAUAUGUAUUUCAUAUUGUUGCAUUUUCAGUACUGCCUAUCUCUGCUAAUUGCCAACCUAACUAACAACAUUCAUCCGGCAACGACUCAUUAUCAGAAAGAAUAUUUUUUUUUAAAAGAAUGUUCACAAAUUUUUCAUUGGUCACAAUGCCUGUCAAAAUUUGGUUAUCUUAGAUGAAAUUUAGCUAUUUUCUCUUAAGCCCUCCUUCAUGUUGAAACUAAAUUUAGCUAUUUUCUCUUAAGCCCUCCUUCAUAUUUAAACUGCCCGAGGCAGAGAUAACAGGCAGGUCUUAUGUUAUUCAGUAUAGAUCUUAGAAAUGUAAGUAUUUCUGUAUUUUAUGUAGAAAUUUCUAGUUUUUAAAGAAUGGUUGGCAGAUCUUAGAAUGGAAUCAAAGGAAAGGUUUAAGCUGGUUUUCAUGUACAUGUGCUAAAAUGUGAAAUGCAGCUUGAACUGAGGACUUUAGUUUCAGACAGAUGGCCAAAAGAAUGAUCCAAAUUCUUUUGGGAUCUAGAAAUCGCACCAACGCUUGUUUGCGAGCAACUGCUGUAUUGACCCUUGCAUUACAGUAACGUAUAUACACACACGUAUGGGUCGCCUAUUUUAGGCAGAUUUUUAGUGUAAAAAGAUGUACUGCGACCCAUAUGUGAAUUUUGGGUUACAAAAAAAUAUUUAACUGUGUGGUGUAAUAUGUGCAUACAUAACAGACCUAUGUUGGUUUUUAAUAAAUAUAACUUCAUGAGUAAGUGUAAAUUGUUUAAUCAAAAUAUCUCAGCGUGAAGUUCUGUGAACAGUGCAGUUAUUGUACGUGUGGCGUGUCUGCCGUCCUACCAGUCGCAGCGUCUGCUGAGCUAUAAGGGCGUGGAAAGGGGAGGAAAAUCUAAAAAUAAACCAGCAAGAGAGAGAGAGCAAGAGUCUGUGCAUAUGGCAGGGUUGAUGGCUUUCCCUCCCUUUCUUUGUAAAUGUCCGUGAACUGGCACCCACGUGUCUAUCUUGACGGAUGUUCAUGAUGCAACUCAGUCCAAUCAUUAUUGUUUUUGAAUGAGAUUUCCCACCUUAACAAAACUGGCAGCCAUCGCUGGUGUUUAUAAGAGCACCUUUUAUAUUCCUCCAGCCUCGCGUGCUACUGACAAAGAGUAGCUUGAUGCCUCUUCUCUCUGUGGCAAAGGAAUGGGUUGAAAAAAUAAUAAAAUAAAAUAGGGGAAAAGGAAACAAGGGUAUAAUAAAUAGCAGUCUUCUCCUUUGUCUUGUUAGGAAGUGCGGGAAUUGGUGGGAUCAUAAAUAUAUUCCAUAGUAAACAAAGAAGAGCGGAGGGUCAAUGCCAGUGUUGUAUUUCUUACGCACCAGUAAACUGAGAAAAAAGAACAAUUACUUCACUUGUAUCUAUGGAACUAUAGUGAAGACAGAUGCAUGGGCGACCCUUACAAUGAAAAUGUUAGAUUUUUUUGCCCAAAGUUAAGGGUGCGACCCAUACAAACCCAUGACCCUUCUGCGGGUAAAUACGGAAGGUGCUUGCAUCCACGUUGUUACGAUGGAGUGUGUAUUUAAAAUGAUUGUACUGCAGAUGUUAUUGUGAACCACAAAUGCAGUCUGAAUAAAACAGGUGCUCUGGCAAAUUAUGACUUCACGUUAAUGUUGGUAAUACGUCUUAGGUUGUACAGUUAUACAGCUUGUAUGCAUUUAUAUUAUUUCUAUAAACUAUAGUAAAAUUAAGAGUUGUAUUUGUGGCUUGACUUUUUGUACUCAUUUUAGAUAGUGAGUUUAUCAAUAAUUCUUCCUGCGAAAGCUUUAGUAGCAUGCUUUUAUGAAUUUGCUGGCUGCUUGAAUAAGUAAUUAACUUUCAUUAUUCUAUAUCAUCUAUUUAAUACUCUUAAUCUAUUUUCAUCUCUCAAACUACGUAGUCUUUUUAGGUACAUUUUAAUAUUUAAUACUAUUGAUACAAGUUGAUCAGCAAGAAAAUAUAUACCUAAAUUUUUGCACUUGGUUUGCUUCAAAAUUUUUGCAGGUAAUAAAUAACACUAGCUUGAAUAAAGUGUCAUUAAAAACACAUUCAGCACGUAACUGAAUGAAUGUGAUAACAUGUUAAAAAUGACCAGUCCAAAAAUUACGAUAUUGAGUACAUGUAGUUUAAUAAAAAAAUUAAAUAAGUAUAUUGAUAUAUAUUUUUUUUUAAUUUUUGAAGUUAUUUUUGGUUUUGUGUGUUCAACAUUGGAAGAAAAUAUAUUCAGUAAUACGUGAUACUGAAUUUAACCAAAUAUAUCUUAUCUACUGCUGUUCUGGUAGUGGUUCACUAUGUUCAAAGCUUCAGUUGGAAUUUCAUAUUAUUGGGUAAAAUUAGAAAGAUGUUUACUUGUCUAACAUAUUGAUUUCAUUUGGGACAUUGAUCACAUUUAGUAUAUAUUUAAACAGGCCUGAAAUACUUUUUAUUGGUUCCUGGUAUUUAUCUUCUAGUGAGUUAAACUAAAUACAUUGAUUCAAAGUGCUUUAAGACUAUUCAGGGAAGUUGAUAAUUUUGCAAGACUUGUUUAAAAGUAAACAAGUUUUCUAAUGUAACUAUUGUACACUGUGAUCAGCUAAGAAAAAGUUACUUGUAAAUUUGGAACUUACUGUGUAGUAUUUAAUUUAUUUUACUAUAAAUAUGUAAAAAAAUUGUGUCUGUGCAGUAUAGUUAUGCAAAAGUAUUAAGGAUUUGUUACCAUGUGAAGUACUGUAUGUGCUUUGUAGUAGGUAUGUUAUUUUGUUAAUGUCGUAAAUCCAGUACCUGUGAUGGGUAUGGGCUUGUGAACAUCAAGGUGUUUAUAAAAAUUAUUUUCUCCAAAAGCAGAA